AAAAAGUGUUCGUUUCUUUUGGUAACAACUCUAUUGUGGACGUGCUUUUAUAAGUAAUGGCGUUGUCAACAAUGAGCAAGAAGGUUUUAUUAUAGUAUUCACAGACAUUAACAAAUUUUGUAGUUAUAUUUUAGUCGAGGUAUAAUUUUAAAUGAAAAAAAAUGAACGGUCUAAGUUUAAGUGAAUUGUGUUGUUUGUUUUGUUGCCCACCUUGCCCAAGCAAAAUAUCAGCCAAACUAGCCUUCCUACCACCUGAGCCAACAUACGAAUUUGUGUCAGAUGAAAAUGGAAAAUAUACUUUUGCUUUGACUGAACGGGCAGAAUGGCAAUUUUCGGAAAGAGAAAAAGAAAACAUUGAAGUUUUUUUCACUAGAACCAACCGAGGAAACCGAAUUGCUUGUUUAUUUGUUAGAUGCAGCAGCAAUGCUAGAUUUACAAUUUUAUUUUCACAUGGAAAUGCAGUGGAUUUGGGACAGAUGAGUAGUUUUUAUUUGGGUUUAGGUUCACGUAUUAAUUGUAAUAUAUUUAGUUAUGACUAUUCGGGUUAUGGUGUAAGUGCAGGGAAACCUUCUGAAAAAAAUCUGUAUGCUGAUAUUGAUGCUGCUUGGCAGGCAUUAAGGACUAGAUAUGGUAUUAGCCCCGAAAACAUUAUUCUUUACGGCCAAAGUAUUGGUACUGUACCCACUGUUGAUUUAGCUGCAAGAUAUGAAGUUGGAGCUGUGAUAUUGCAUUCUCCUCUCAUGUCAGGAAUGAGAGUUGCCUUUCCUAAUACAAAAAGGACUUGGUUUUUCGAUGCCUUUCCCAGUAUUGACAAAGUUCCAAAAGUUAUGUCACCUACACUAAUCAUUCACGGGACUGAAGAUGAGGUUAUAGACUUUUCUCAUGGGCUUACAAUUUUUGAAAAUGUCCUAAAGCCGUUGAGCCACUCUGGGUAGAGGGUGCAGGCCACAACGACGUAGAGUUGUAUUCAGUCUACUUAGACAGACUUAGACAAUUUGUGAUGGUAGAAUUAGAUGAUAACUGACAGUUGCUGGCUGGCGAAGACGUGACAUUUAGUUCAGGCACAUCUAGUUCGGUAGGCGAAAAACUACUUUAGCCAGUCGAUGCAGGAACGGCAAAUGUCUCCAACUCACCAAAGCCGAUUUCCUGCAAAAAUCUUAACUUUCCAUUACUAAUUUUUAAAAAGUAUUGCAGCGCGUCCGGGUCUCAACGUUCGGCUGCGCCUAACAACUGUAUAUUAAUUGAGACCACUUGCUAGCUCUUAAUCUGCAUUUUUUACUGUACAUAUUGUUAAUCGUGAACUUUUUAUCAAAUGUGAAUAUUCAAAGACAAUCCGUCAAGUGAUGCAAUAUUAGACAAAUCUGUAUUACAUGAAAACUAUGGUUUUCUUCUCUAAGCCUAGUAUUAUUUCUUUUUAAAUCAAUUUAUUUGUUAAGUGAAUUGUAGAUAUGCAUUUAAGCGUCUUCUAUAACUACCGGUUUUAAGUUUGCCGAUUUCAUAGUUUUUUCCUUGUAAUAAAUUAUUUAAUUUCAAAUAUAUAGACAUAUCCAACCAAUACAGAACGCACAUCAAUUUUAUAAAAAGGCAUCAAUGUCGAAAAUAUGGUUUCUAACAGUUUUGCAUUCAUACUCAUCGAUUGCAUGCGAGAUGACACUGUGUCUCGUGGUACAGUUUGUCAAAACUAGAAAUGACGUUGAAAAUCUUUGGCACGCCAACUUAAUGCCCAGCAAAAUUACCGGAAUUUAUCUUAAGAGAACCAAAUCGACGUAUAAACUACGUUUAAAAAUCACGUAGGCGAGUCCAGGCGUUUAGGCUUCUCUUUAUCUUCGAAUACUUUCGUAAAUAAAUUUUCGUAAAUCAUUCCUAGUCUUGACGAAUAAUACCGCACUGCACCUUGAUCAGUCAAUCAAUCAAUUAAGCAUAUUUUAUCUUUAUUUUAUUUUAUUAAUUCAGCAUAUUUUUAUUGAUUAUGUUUUUGAUUUAUUUUAUAUAUUUAUAUUUUAAUUAUUAUUUGAUUAUACAAUUAAGCAUAUUUGAUAUACAUAUAAUCAAGAUAUAAUUUUGGUAGAUUUUGUCCUUAUUUAC